AUGAUGCUGUUCAAUUUAUCUACUCUCCUAUCCCUGGUAUUAGCUUUAGAUGUGGCCUCAGCUCUGUACUUCCAUAUAGCUGAAGGGGAACGAAAAUGUUUUAUAGAAGAAAUCCCAGAUGACACUACAGUAAUCGUUAACUAUAAAGUGGAGUUAUAUGACCCUCGGUCGGGAGGAUUCAUGCCUUCAUCGCCUGGUAUUGGUAUGCAUGUUGAAGUUCGUGAUCCCAAUGACCGGGUGGUACUCUCUCGAGUAUAUUCAUCAGAGGGAAUGAUUUCAUUUACUUCUAACAACCCUGGAGAGCAUGUCAUCUGUAUGUACUCCAACAGCACUUCCUGGUUUAGUGGUUCACAACUGAGGGUACACUUAGACAUCCAAGUGGGCGAGCAUGCAGUUGAUUAUGCCAAUGUAGCUCAGAAGGACAAGCUGACUGAACUUCAGUUGAGAAUAAGACAGUUGCUUGAUCAAGUACAUCAGAUUACCAAGGAACAAAGUUAUCAGAGGCGUCGCGAAGAAAGAUUCAGACAGACAUCGGAAAGCACACAUCAAAGAGUAUUAUGGUGGAGUUUGAUGCAAACAGGAGUCCUCGUCGGCAUCGGUUACUGGCAGAUGAGACAUCUCAAGAGUUUCUUUGAGGCUAAGAAAUUAGUUUAA